AUGCUCUCGAAGGAAGCGAAACAGAGCAUUGCCAAGCUACAGUCUUGGCUAGAGGAUACAUUUGGUGGCUCCGGUGACCCAGAGCAACCUGAUGCCGUGGAGAUCUGUGCUAUCCUCAGUAAUUCAUCAUCUAGUGACUACUUGCAAGAACAUUUUGGCACCGAUCCGACUGCCUUGAAGAAUGUCUUCCUGACAGUUCAGAGGCGACUACACACUAUCGACCCAUCCUGGAUCUUCAAAGCACGACAGGCUGAAGACCGGGUGCCGAUGGUAGAAGCAGAUGUGACACAGGAGCUUGUCCUCAUGCCUUGGCAUUUGAGCUUCCUUCCACAACACUCACAGAAAGGCAAGAGCAAGAUGGUGAAUGUCCUUCGUUGUGCCACAGAUUUCUUGGAGAAAUCGUACGACAGUAUGAACAACCCCAUCCAGCUUUGGAUCCCACCUACUAUGCCCGCAGCAGGUGAGCUCUUGCCAGACUUCAGCCUAGGUCAUUGCAUUGGCUUCACAAAGAGUCUGGCGAUGAAAGCUAUUUUGCUGGCAUGUUCUGAAGCUGCCUUGACUGAUACAGAACUUCAGUCGAUUCAGACACAAUUGCAGGCGUUGUUCGGCUUCAGGGCGACAGUGCACACGACAGGGAAUGCCAAGUUCGAUAGAUUCCGCGCGCUCCAGGACAAAUUUGCUGAAGCUGCAAGGCCAAGGCCAGAUCCCAUUCAAGUAUCCACAUUGCUCAUGGCACAAGCAAAGGAUGAGGGUCUUGUGUGGACCGAGUGUGCUUCUGCAAUGAUUCAAGAGUUCAAUGGAGGGUCAUCGAACGAAGCAAAGAGGCUUUCCGAAAUGGAAGCCAGUUUGGUGACAAUCUAUCCCACCUUGAGCAAAGACACACAAGAACUCAUCGAUUACCACUGGCAGCUGUACCCGCCACAGAGAUCUGCCAUUCCCUACAAGGCCGUAGCCGUCGAUGUUUUCUUCGCAGGUGCAAAGUUGAAGACUGGAGUGAAGUCGGAUCUCUGGCAAAGCAUCCUGCAGGCCGACAAUCGCAAGAGGCAUUGGUACAUCCGCAGGAAAGUGCAGAUGUUUCUCUUCAAGCUACAAGAUGCAAGACGACUGAGAAAGAAGAUCAACUUGACCACUGGUGCCUCUGCUUUGCGUGACCAGAAGGAUCCGGAGUCAGCCUGGGGAAUUUCCGCGAUUUUUGCACACUUCUUGCCCGAAAUGCAGAAGCUGGUCACCCCGACGCAGCUGGAAACAUUGCAGGUCAAGUUUGCUCGGGGCUACCUCGAUGCGGAGCUUCUGGAGAAGUUCCGAGUCAUGACCCCCAAAUUGCAAGUGCAAAACUUCCGCUUUUUGGCAGAUGUUGGUGUCAAGGUGCUGGCCUCAGUCUCGCAGUCCCAGAAUUCCGAGUCCGAGGCUGACCUGCAGUUGCAGAAGGCAGAGUUCGCAAAGGCAACUGCGAAAGUGAAAAAGGAGGUCAUGCAGUGGAACUCUUACCAGGAGAAAAAAGAUGAGUUUCAACGAACUGGAGUGACAAUUCAGGCGGAGAUCGCUGACAAGGAGAAAGACAGACAGCGAAAGGCCGUGGAGAAUUGCCAGGACGAGCUCUAUCCCAUUCGGGAAGUUCUGGAGCUUCCACAUGGAAUGACUUUUGCUGAGGCGUCCCUGCAAAAGUUCAAGGAUGAGCACAGAAUCCCGGAUGACAGCAUGUACCGUGUCUUUUGGAUGAACCCCACUGUGCUCGGGUACGACGCAGUUCGAGGUUGUGAGAUUGCUGUCGCAUCAGUGGCAACAGCUGUGGCAGAGGAGUACACAGAGUCCAGUGUUCUCGAAGCCACAGAGAAGAUCAAAGCAUUUCUCAAUGUACCAGAGCAUCGACUCAUUGUCCGAGAGUGUCUUCUGGCAUUUGAUCAAAAUUCCAUUCCUCCACAAUCUCAGCGGCCUGGCUUCCACAAGUUCUUCGUGGCAAUCUCAGAUUUGUCCAACAAAGAAGGGCAACUUUUCAGCCACUUUGCACAGAGCAGUUUGUGGAAAAGGCAGAUGCUGCCAAUAGUUAUCAAGAACACGGUGACCCCAGUGCCCAUGUUGGCCAUCAAGUCCAUGGUUGACCCUCGUCGGGGAUUCUCCUCAUCAAUGGCAACAUCAGACACAUCCAACAAGCCUGCUCGGAGAAAGCAGUGGAUUGCUGGCUACCCAGUGCCCGCAGCCUUCCAUGAUGCAUUGUGGCAAGGCAUGAGGGCCCCAGACAAUGCAGGUGCCGCUUGGAUCGAUGUGUUUGCCUAUGACCACUCACUGCCCGAAGCUCUGAUGCGCCGACGUGCAAGCCCUUCACUUCCUGCUCCCCAGACCAUUUACGUGGGCAUUGUGUGGGCAGACUGCAACAGCCGGGACUGUGCACACAAGGAAAAAGGCACUGCUGUGGAUCCCAGAGUCCAGAAUGCCAAGAUUGCGAAGUGGUUGCAGUCUGCAAUUCGACGAAAACUGCAGAGCUUGGCACAGGAGAAGGUCAUCUCAAUCAAGGACUGGGUGCCCCUGAGCCCGUGGAAGGACACACGUGACCCUCCUGUUCUCGUGGAGAAAGACUUCGUGGCUCUUUUCCCUGGUGCUGCACAGAACCUGCCCUUGCGAGAAACCUUUCUCAACGACAUCGAGGACAAGCUCAAGGAUGAGGACCUCAAGAAGCAGUGGAUGACUUUCGUCCAGGAGCACAAUGACGCCUGGAACAAGAGUGGCAAGCCACACGUGAACUCUGGCGAGAAGCGUGGUUGCGAGGGUGACAGCAAUCCCAGUCCAGGCAAAAAAGCCAGAGUCCUGACUCCAGAGUCCGAGAGUCCCCAGACACUGGAAGCUCUGACAACAUCCGAGGGUCCCAUCUGCCAGAUUGACAGCCUGGACGCCAACUGCACGGUCAUCUUCACGAACAAGGGUCACAUCUGGGUGCACGCAAAGAAGGAUGUGGAGCUGGAUUCAAAGUUCCCUUUGGCAUUGGCAUAUGGCAAGUUCAAAGUCAACGAGGACAGGUUCUUCUGA